AUGUUUUCGCUUAUUGCUGCAAUAUAUAAUGGUGUUGAUCUUGAAGUUUCAGAAUUUGAAUUUGGCACAGAUAACAAAAAACCAGAAUAUUUGGAAAAAUUUUACACUGAAAAGGUCCCCACUUUUGAAAAUAACGAAGGCGAUACUUUUCUUACUGAACCUAAUGCAAUUGCAUAUUAUGUUGCUGGUCAAAAGGAAGGUACUCAAUUAUUAGGCAAGGAUAAAAAAGAAACAGCAAAAAUUAUAAAUUGGGCUUUUUUUGCCGAGAAUGAAGUUGCUCCACAUGUCAAUACUUGGAUCAAUCCUAUUCUGGGAAUCACUCAAUUUAACAAAGCUGCUCAUAGUUUAGCUGUUAAUAGUCUUAAAAAUACGCUUAGUAAUUUAGAUAAAAUUUUAUUGAAUCAAACUUAUUUAGUUGGAGAUCGUAUCACAUUGGCAGAUAUUUCAGUUUCCACUGCACUUUAUUUGCCAUUUAAACUUGUAUUGGAUGCAGAAUUUCGUAAAGCUCAUAAGAAUCUUAGCAGAUGGUAUAUAACACUUAUUAAUCAACCACCUUUUAAGAAAGUUUUAGGAGAUGUAACCUUAGCAGAUGUUGCAGCAGUCUAUACUCAUUCAUUGCCACCUAGUAAACUUAAUUUAGAAGAAUGGAAACGCUUUUAUUCUAAUAAUGAUACACGACCAACUGCUGUCAAUUGGUUCUGGGAGCAUUUUGAUCCAGAAGGCUAUUCGAUUUGGCGUGUAGAUUAUAGGUAUAAUAGUGAGUUGACAAAAGUAUUUAUGAGUUCUAAUCUUAUUGGUGGUUUUUAUAACCGUUUGGACCGUGCUCGUAAAUAUGCUUUCGGGAGUUUGGUAGUGUUGGGUGAAGAUAAUAAUAAUGAAAUUGCUGGUUAUUUUGUUAUCCGUGGUCAAGAAAUACCAGAAGAAGUAUCUGAUGCUGCAGAUUUUGAAAGUUACAUAUUUAAAAAAAUCGAUCCUUCAGAUUCUAAAGCCAAGGAAAACUUUGAAGCUUUUAUUGCUUGGGAUGAUGUUUUGGAUGGUAAGAAGUUUGCAGAUGGCAAGGUCUUUAAAUAA